AGGAGAAUCCAGGUGAGAGGCAUUGACACGUGUGAUAUGGGAGUUGGGUUUAGGAAAAAGUAGAAACCGACAAUCCACCGCUCCGUAUAUUAAUACACACUGGAAAGCCCGACACUCUCCUCUUCCGCCAUCGUCGCUCUUAGCCUCUUACUCUUUUACUUUAUUCCUUGUAAUACUCUCUACAAUAUAACCCCCCCCCAACCCUUUUUUUUCCUUUAAUUCAAAGCCACAAAGCCAAUUCAAAAGCCACAAAAGCCAAAGCCUAGGUACACAGAAACUACAAAAAAGAAAUAGAGAAAGAAGGUAUGGAAGUAGGGGUGAAGAUGGGGAUGAAAGGAGGAGGAGAUGAAGUGGGAGGUAAGGAGAAGGAGAAAAUGGGGUAUGAAGAGACAGAGCUGAGGCUAGGGUUGCCUGGUGAUGGUGAGGUUGUAAGGAAGAGAGACUUCUCCCACACUGUUGAUUUGAAGCUUAACCUAAUUUCCACCUCUCCAACUGAUGACAAGGACAAAAAUAUUGUCCCUUCUCACCUUGAUCCUGCUAAGCCUCCACCUGCCAAGGCUCAAGUUGUGGGAUGGCCACCGGUCCGGUCAUUCCGAAAGAACAUGUUAGCCACCCAAAAGAGCAGCGCCAGCGAGGACAGUGGUGAGAAGGCCGCCUUUGUGAAGGUUAGCAUGGACGGCGCACCCUAUCUCCGGAAAGUGGACCUGAGGAUGUACAAAACUUACCAACAACUCUCCGAUGCUCUUGCUAAAAUGUUCAGUUCUUUCACUAUUGGAAAUUGUGGAAGCCAAGGGUUAUUGAAGGAUUUCAUGAAUGAGAGUAAGCUAAUGGAUCUGCUUAAUGGCUCUGAUUAUGUUCCAACCUAUGAAGACAAAGAUGGUGAUUGGAUGCUUGUUGGUGAUGUCCCUUGGGAGAUGUUUAUUGAAUCAUGUAAGAGGUUGCGCAUCAUGAAAGGAACCGAAGCAAUUGGGCUAGCACCAAGAGCUAUGGAGAAAUGCAAGAAUAGAAGCUGAAGGUGAUAGCUGGCAAUAAGGCUGCCAAAAUUACCAUGAUGAAAGCAAAGCCAGCAGCAGAUGGAUAUUGAGCAGGUUGACUUUGUUACUAUUAUAUUAUUAUUGUUAUAUGAGAGUGAUUUGGUGUUAAACUUAAAAGAAGUAUUUGUUACGGACAAAAACAAUAAUGGAUGUUAGUGUAUGUGGUGGAUCCGGAAAACACUUUGUUAUGUUUAGUUGUUACUAUUAAUCAUGACUUGCUUGUUAGAAAAUAAAUGAAUAUUAGCACAGUUGUUAUAAAUAAUGUAUCUGCUUUUCGUUAUUGAAAAAAAAUCUGUUGAUUUUUUUAUUAUUUA